ACGUGCCCCUCAACACGUUGUGUGGUACGAAAUAUGACACUUUCUCUCACGGAGGCUCGGCAUGUUGCUGCGCCGCCGGCAGUCCGGACAUGCUGCGGUGCCCCCUGCCCUCGCUCCCACGUUUUUCGCCGGACGACCUAGCCACGAUGGGAAAGGGGAGGAAGUCUUUUGCCGUGUUUGCCCUUAAAAUGCACCGACUUCCUCCUCCACCGUGCGCUGAACAUUCCGUUGCCGUUACAUCCCAGGAACAAGACUGCAGCAACGCCUCGUGGCAUUUUUGGAACAAAGAUGCAGCUCAUCAUGCGUGUCGGCGUUAGCCUCGGCUGCCUUGCAGCCACGGUGGCGGGCGCCGCCAUCGAGUGCCGUGGCACCUGCAUUGACCGCGACGUCGUUGUCGUCGGCGGUGGCGCGUCUGGUGCCCACGCCGCUGUGUGGCUACGUGACCACGGCCACAGCGUCAUUGUCGUCGAGAAGGCCGACCAACUCGUGAGUGCACCCCCUAUUCCGGCGGGUCACACGGACUUCUACAGUGACCCGGCUACGGGCAAGUCCAUCAAUGUUGGCGUUCAGGCCUGGAUGGAGUACAAGGAUGCCUUCGACUUCCCCAAGCGCAUGAACGUGUCGACGACCGGGGCCAUGUCGUUCACCCCGAACCAGGCUAGGUUCAUCGACUACAAGACAGGCAAGCCUGUCCCCGACUACACGGCCCCCGCGGCUGCGGACAUGUACGCCGCCCUGCAGAGGUACCUCGACGUGCUCGAGCAGUACGAGGACAUGGUGCUGCCGGGCUUCUUCAACUUCCCCGACCCGGCCGACAUCCCCGAGGACCUCCUCAUGCCCUUCAUCGACUUCGUCGAGAAGUACGACCUCGCGGCUGCCGUCCCCCAGAUCUGGGACUCCACCGCCCAGGGUCUCGGUGACACCAUGAACGUGCCCACCCUGUGGGUUAUCCAGGCUUCCGGCAUCCCCAUGGUCCGCGCCUUGUUGGGCGUCGGAGCCGCUGCCGUCCCGAAUUCGGGCCGCCUGUACGACCUGUUCGAGAGCGUCGCCGAGUUCCUGGGCGACGACGUCUUGUACUCUAGCACCGUCGUCUCGACCAAGCGGUACAACGAGCAAAACCCUCAGAAGGACAUCACCUGCAUCCAGGCCAAGCGCCUCCUGCUCGCCAUCGAGCCCACUCCCGAGAACAUGGCGCCGUUCGACCUGGAUGAUGCCGAGAAGAAGAUCCUCGGCAAGUUCAAGUACCCGACCGUCUACGCCGGCAUCCUCCGCCACCCUUCUCUGCAGACGCUCAACGCCUACACCGACCGGUCGCCGGAGCCGGAGUCGUACAACUACACGCUCUUCCCCGUUGCCCCGCAGGUCGGCCGCAUCGACUACCUCGGCGGCACCGAGGACCUGUUCCAGUUCACCGCCGUCGGCACGGCCGAGGACACCCCGGAGUCGAUGAAGGCGCUCAUCGCCAAGUCGAUCGACACCAUGGUCGCGGCCGGCACGCUCCCGGAGUCCGAGGGCAGCGUCAGCUUCAACAUCUUUGCCAACCACGGCCACAUGCACGCCCACGUCUCGGCCGACGACCUCCGCGCCGGCUUCCUGCAGCAGCUCAACUCCCUCCAGGGCCGCCGCACCACCUACUACACCGGCGCCGCCUUCUCGGCUGGCUUCGCGACCGUCUUGUGGGAGUACAACAAGGUGCUCCUACCUCGCGUUGUUGAGGGGCUUUAAGCCGGGGGUCGUUGGGUUGCCAUGCCUGACCGUUUUGUUUCCAAGAUAAUAAAGACUAGGUACUUAUAAUUCAAAUGUUUGACUUUCGUUUCUUAGUAUUGUUUCUUUGGGUAAUAAAUCCAUGGAAUGCUUAUUUCAAAACCAAUACCGAUUUCUGAAAACCAGCCCCAGAUCCCCUUGCCUCGUUUCUAAUUCUUCUGAACGCUGGCCGUUGUUUCACAACCAUGAGGACCUAAAUAAGUAGGCGGUAACACUACUCCAGGUAG